GCCCUGUGGUGUGGUUCCAUUUCAAUGCUGUGCCAUUGAAUUGGGGGCUAGGAGUAGAUGUCUAUCUGGCACCUACCAUGGAGCAUGGUUUGUGGGUGGGCAAGGCGCGGUUCGAGACGGGACGGCUCUGGGCAUUGUUCAUUUUUAGCGGCUGGAAUCAAUAGCAAAUCACGGGCUGUGCCAUCAGCAUCAGAUGCAAAAACCCUCGGUCGACUAACCCCCAUCUUCUUUUUAUCCCCUCUGUUUCUACCCGUCUUGGGCUGUUCCUGCUCAUUCCAGUCAACACCCGAUGCAGCUCGAGAUUAUCCGCGCGGGGCCCCAUGCAGCUCAUUGACACCUCGACUAGAUUAGCCGCAGCCUGACCCCUGACUGGGCUAGCACUCAAGUGCUGUCUGUGCUGGGUCGCAGCCUGCCAGAAGCCCAGACCAGCAAAGGGCAUCAACCCCAGGGGCUGCUGGCUGCUAAUGCGGUCGGCCGUCGGGCUCCCGGUUGCCCUCACCGGCGGGCUUCUGGUUCCCGGAGCCGUGUCAAACGGCCUGAAUGGCGUGACAUUCCUGUUCCCAACCGGCGGAGAGACGUUCACGUACCCCAACACGGUCGUCAAUAUCAGCUACGUCACGCCCUUCCCCGCGCCUCAGCUGUUCACGUGGUGUAGGAGCUUUGGUGACAAUAUUCGGCAAAUCCGCAUCGAAUUUGUCAAGCCCUUUUCCGGCUCCCACUUAACCCCAAUAAACUUCACCAAUUCGGACACGUGCUGGUUCAACCUGAGGCCAAACGAGACGAAAGGGUAUGGCGACAACUCGGGUGAAUUUUCCAUCGUCGCUGAUGGGUCGGCCAAGUCCACCACCGUCGGCCUCGCCACCGCCGCCCGUCCGACGUCUACUCCGCCACCAGUCACCUCUAGUACCCCGACCGUCGCUCCCACGCUUCCGCCUACCACUGACCAGUUAGGCUCACAUGGCCUAAGCUCUGGCGCAGUUGCAGGCAUCUCGGUCGGUGCCACCCUCGUGGUGGCCAUCUUAUGUGCUGCCGCGCUGGCCUUUUGGUGGGCGAACCGGAAACACGCCAAACACGCCGGCUCCUCCGGGUCUCGCUGGACUCCCUUGGGCGGCUCUGGCCGGAAGCCGGAUGGCGCUGGCGGCGAGGAGGAACCGCUGGCAACCCCUGGUUCCGGCCCAGGACUCUGGCAAACUUCCAACAACAGCCUCACCAACGCCUACAGUCAUGUCUCUAGCCAUCCCCGGGUCUCCUAUCCUAGCGACCCGCCCUCUAUGAUCAGCGAUGGCUAUUACGGUGCCCCGAGCGCCCACACCAGCGUAGCGCUGUCAUCAGGCCCACUAGAAGACGCUUAUAGCGUUUCCAUGAUACAUAAUACCUAUUCCGAGGUCGACACCUCUCCUUCCAGUCGCGCAACCACAGUGGCCGCCCUUGCCGCUCCUGUAGCCCCAACCCCAUCUACUUCCAGUGGUCAGGCGGCUGAGCUGCCAUCCAUUUACACAUAUCGGGGCUGGGGAGGGGAGCAGGAGAUGCCAGUUUCCGAAACCACCGCCGCUCGGCUACCGUAUCCUGCCCAUGGCCAGGAAAGGGCCGAGCAAAAGUUUUUACUCCAGGAUAUGCAGGCUUUGAAGACCCAAAGACAGUUGCCGAGCUCGUCAGAUCACGGCCCGGGUCCGUACUUCGCAGGGUGAAUCGGGCGUCAACAAAGACGGUUCCGACGCUUGCGGGAAAGGCCUUCCCAUACAAAUGGCCUGGCUGCUUUGUCGCCAGAGCCAGCUCACCGUGGAGGGUGUGGGAGCGCGAUAGAUGCGUACGCCGGCUGAUGCGACAGAACCCCGGUCGGUGUUGGGCAACGUAGCAACAGCACCAUGGACUUGCCAGUUGGCCAGACCCAACAAACAAGGAGAAUACUUCAAAGGAAAUAUUAUUGUAUCAAAAAAAGGAAAAGAAUAUAUAAGAAAUGAACGUGGGGAAUCAUGCCAGUGACACAUUUGCAGCCAGAACCUCCUCUGCUCUUUUUUCCAUUGCCAGGUCGUCAGGCU